GUUGAAGUUAUCUUCACCGGGACACAGACAUUCGUGUUAUUAAUUUUGAAUUAAAUUAGGUACCUACUCAUGUUAACUAAUAACUACAGACUGCUGUAGGCGAAGUAACUACGUCAACGGCAGUUUAGACUACUGUUCGUUUAGAGAACGUUCCGUAGGGACUAUGGAGAUAAUCAAACGACCAUUACACGAAGAUGAAGCAGACAGGCAAGAGUUAUCUUUGCCCCAAAAAAAGUAUUACAGGCAAAGAGCUCAUUCAAAUCCUAUUGCCGAUCACGAUUUCGAUUAUCCCAGUUGCCCAGAGGCUUACGAUUGGUCAACACUUUACCCGGAUGUAAGGAAUGCUAAGUCCAACAUUUAUAACAAACGUGUUGAAAUGUUGGAUAUUGGAUGUGGUUAUGGAGGCCUCUUAGUUACCCUAUCACCUAUGUUUCCGGAUUCGAUGAUCCUUGGGAUGGAAAUAAGAGUAAAAGUAUCUCAAUAUGUCAUUGAGAGGAUUAAAGCACUUAGGGCUAAUCAACCCAAUUUCUACAAUAAUAUAGCAUGUAUAAGAACUAAUGCUAUCAAAUAUUUACCAAAUUUUUUCAAAAAAGGCCAAAUAAAAAAGAUGUUUUUUCUUUAUCCAGACCCCCAUUUUAAAAAGUCCAAACACAAAUGGAGAAUCAUUAAUGACACUACAUUGUCUGAGUAUGCUUAUGUGCUGGCUGAGGAAGCACUAGUGUAUACAGUUACUGAUGUAAAAGAUUUGCAUGAAUGGAUGGUUCAACAUUUCUCCGAACAUGGUCUAUUUAAACGUGUACAAGAUGAUGACCUGAAAGAUGAUCCUGUUGUCGAUAAGUUGUAUGAAAGUUCAGAAGAAGGAAAAAAAGUGACCAGAAAUAAUGGAGACAAGUUUUUAGCUGUUUUUAUGAGAAUUAAGGACCCAGAUUUAUAGCCUACAGCUUCUUAUUACAAAAAAUAAAAAAAAGAAAUUGAA